AUGGCCUGUUAUAGUUGCAAGGCCACUAGGUCAGAGAAUGCAAGAGUCGAGGAGCGCGCAUGCGUUGCAACCGGCGCAACAAAGAGGGACACAUGGCUCGGGAUUGUUCAGAAAACGAGGCCGGGCAUCAGUGUCGAUCUCUUUCUCAAACAUUUAGAGGAGACACUGCCUGUCAGCUAUGUAUAUGUCAACGGAUCCCUGCGUUCGGCACUCCUUGACUCGGGUUCUUCCCAGACGAUACCUCUACUCCGUCACUGUCAACGGAACUUUCGCCACGUAAAGGACUUCCGUUCUGCCCUUGAUACAACCCCGCUGUCGAGUGACAACAGUGAUGCGUCAUCCGAGAGCCUGACUGCCGAGAUAAACAGUGCCGAGGCCUCUUCUGAAGAAGAGUCCGAGCCUGCCCCCCCUCCCCCGUUCGGAGGAGUGUCCCCAACAAGAGGCCACGUCUGCCAUGCAGUUUCUGUGAUGAUAAUGACAUCGGGGGAGUGUAGCGGGAAUAACUUACUGGUUCAGCAGAGAAAGAGAACCCGGUUGUGUCUUGCCUGCCUGGAUCGAACUCACGUCCUUUGGAAUGCUGAAAACACUUUAAGCACCGACAAUCUUUUUUUCGCUUUCUUUUUCUUUUCUUUUUUUUCUCUUUCUUUCUUUUUUUCUCUUUCUUUCUUUUUUUCUCUUUCUUUCUUUUUUUCUCUUUCUUUCUUUUUUUCUCUUCCUUUCUUUUUUUCUCUUUCUUUCUUUUUUUUCUCUUUCUUUCUUUUUUUCUCUCCCUCCCGUUUCAUCUUCCUCUGA